CGCAGGCGCGGAGCGGCCAUUGCGUCUGACAGCAACUGCGGGCUCAUCUCCGUCGCCAUCAUGUCGAUCUUCACACCGACCAACCAGAUCCGCCUGACUAAUGUGGCCGUGGUGCGGGUCAAGAAGGCAGGGAAGCGCUUCGAGAUCGCCUGCUACCGGAACAAGGUCAUGGGCUGGCGGAGCGGCACGGAAAAGGACCUUGAUGAAGUCCUGCAGACGCACACCGUCUUUGUGAAUGUCUCCAAGGGCCAAGUGGCAAAGAAGGAAGAGCUGGUCAAAGCCUUUGGCACGGAAGACCAAACAGAAAUCUGCAAGAUGAUUCUGGCCAAGGGAGAGCUGCAAGUGUCGGAUAAAGAGCGCCACACGCAGCUGGAGCAGAUGUUUCGUGACAUUGCAACCAUUGUGGCAGAGAAAUGUGUGAACCCAGAAACAAAGAGGCCGUAUACAGUCAUCCUCAUUGAAAGAGCUAUGAAGGAUAUUCACUACUCAGUCAAACCUGGAAAAAGCACCAAGCAGCAGGCCUUGGAGGUAAUCAAGCAGCUGAAGGAGACUAUGCAGAUUGAGCGGGCGCACAUGCGUCUCCGCUUUGUCCUCCCCCGGAAAGAGGGGAAGAGGCUGAAAGAGAAGCUGAAGCCCCUGAUCAAAGUAAUCGAGAGUGAGGAUUUUGACGAGCAGCUGGAAAUUGUGUGCCUUGUGGAUCCAGGCUGCUUCCGGGAGAUUGAUGAGUUGAUCCGGUGUGAGACUAAAGGCAAAGGGACCCUCGAGGUGCUCAGCCUGAAAGAUGUGGAAGAAGGGGAUGAGCGCCUGGAGUAGCUGCCUACCAAUCCCACCCCAACCCCAGCAAGAACUGUAUUAAAGGCUCCCUCACAUCGCCUGUUUGUGGGUUGACCUUUGCUAUUUUCCCAA